ACGGAAUACCAAGCAGGGGGCCUGCGAUGAUCCCAAGGGGCCGAUUGACAGUCACUGGAGCACACACAUACUCGGUUACGUUCGAAUUGCUUUCAACCACAUACAUUUAACUUAUUGCAACCCUGAACCGCUUUUUCUGACAAUCAAAUUGAGAUUUCUCUUAGAUUACUUUUUGAACCGAGCGAACAUGCUGCCAAGCCGACUUCCUAGAAGAUUUCACUUGAACAUUUCGUCUUUGUUAUGUAAUUUGUCAAGAGGCCGAGCAACCGUGAGCGCAACUGAAGAUACAAGACUUUUCGAGAAAGAUGUAAGACCAUUUGAGGAAAUCCAGGCCCAAUUGCACUGCCUUAUGUGGGCUCUGUACAUCGAUACAUGAGCGAAAAAGAUGGCUUCAAAAAGAUGUUUCGCGUUCAAAAAAAACUCUUUGACGAAUACGGGCCAAUAUACAAGGAAAAUUUAUUCGGGCGAACAUCAGUGAAUAUUCUGUACCCUGCUGAAAGCGAGAAGGUGUUUCGAGCGGAGGGGAAAUACCCUUCAAGACCAUACGUUAAAGCUUGGAAAAAAUACAGGGAGGAUAGAGGGAUCCAUGCUGGUAUUGCCCAAACUGAGGGGAAGGAGUGGAAACGUGUCAGGCAAGCCCUAGCUCCCAAAAUGAUGCGACCGCGGGAGCUACAUGACAACAUCGAGAACUUUUAUGAGGUGGUCGACGAUGCCAUGUCACGGCUACAAAACGCCCGUCAGGGGAGGACAGAGGGAGAAGUUGACAACUUGGAGGAACACCUUUUCUAUUGGGCCACAGAGUCUAUCGGAACCAUGGCCUUUGACACACGCAUCGGUUUGUACGAAGACCCGCCCAAAGAGGACCCAAAACGCUUCAUCGAGUGUGUGCACGAGUUCUUUGAGAUGACGCAAAACUUGGAACUGAGCAUGGAAAAGUCCUUCUUCGAGUUUAUGGACACGCCCUCUUACAAGAAGUUCUGCCGCGCCCAAGAUGACGUCAUGCGGAUUGGACAAAAAUAUAUCGAUAUGAAAAUGGUGGAGCUUGAAGAGAUGGCAAAAAGUCCGGAGGAAAUGCUAGAAGAGAAGGCUGUUCCAAUUCUGACGUACAUGAUGGCUAAAAAGGAACUGAGCCCCCACGAGAUUAACAUCAGUGCCAUAGAGAUGUUCAUGGCUGGUGUUGACACAACCUCUAACACGAUGGUAUGGUCGCUUUAUAACCUUGCCCGUAACCCUGACGCCCAGGAAAAACUAUACCAGGAAAUCAAUAGUGUGAUUGGCAAAGACGGCUACCUUACAGUGAGUGACUUGGGCAAGAUUCCUUACACUCGAGCGGCGCUCAGAGAAUCCAUGAGGUUGAAUCCAGUCAUAUUUAUGAAUGUUCGUCAGUUGAAUAAGGAUAUUGUAUUAAGCGGCUAUCACGUUCCUGCAGGGACAUUAAUACAGAUGCCUAUUUACUCUGCCUGCUACUCCGAGCAGCUGUUCCAUAACCCCACCGAGUAUAAACCUGAUAGGUGGCUCCGUGACGGCGGGGAUGAUAUCCACGCUUUUGCACACUUGCCCUUUGGCUUUGGACCACGCAUGUGCUUAGGGCGUCGUGUUGCUGAGCUAGAAAUAUUUCUGUUCCUAUCUAAGCUGGUGCAGAAAUACAGGUUUGAUUAUCAUCAUGAACCUGUUAUGAAAUUACUUAUGUUGCCCGAACGACCUGUCAAGAUAAACUUUAUUGAGAGAAAGAACUAAGAGGAUGACUUUGCCAUCAAGGAAUGGGCCAUACUCUCCUGGAUGUAGAUAGACACUGCACAACCUCUAGGGCAUACGCAGGAAGAUGGGAUGGGUUGGACAGAAAGGAAUUGAAGUCUUGCAAAUCCAGAAGGAAACAGAACCCCUUUAGUAACAGAGGACAAUGGGGGAGGAGUAGAGGUUGUACAUGCACAUUUUAAAUCUUAAAGAAAAUAAAUCAACCACUUCUUAAUUUUUAAUCUGAAAAUACAAUCAGCCUUAUUGCCAAUUUCUAGGUGUGUAUAUUCCUGUUUAGGUGCUCUCAGUCCUUCAGUUUUAUUUUUUUAAAUUUGUAUACUGUAUUAGAUUAAGUAUUUUUAUAGGGGUCCGAAUAAAUAGAAAGAGAAAUGAUAGUUCACUGAAUUUGUAGUAUAUUUAAAAAUCACACAAGAAUCAUCAAACUGUAGAUUUUCUUUUAUUACAAGAGAAGUAGUCAAAUAA